AUGGGCUGCUGCGGAGACCGCGAGAAGGGCCUCGCGAAUGUGGCCGCCGAACAGAAGUGGGAUUACAUCAACCUUUCAGACUUUAGGUCGACGUCCUGCUUGACACCCUUCUCCUAUGCCUGGCUUUGGAUCCUCGUCUUCGUCUCGUGCGCCGUCUACGCUGCCGACGCUUUCACCGCCGUCAACCUCCUCGCAUUCAAUAAAUGGUCCAGUCAGGUCCAGCCUAAGGUACCUUUCGAAGUCGCCAAGUGGAUCUUCGCUAUUACCAUCAUCAUCUCCUAUGUGUUCUUGGUCUACCGGGGCAUCAGGGCAUUCCAUGUCAUGCGAUCUGGCAGUGUCACGGAAUGCUACCUCGAGCCAAUGGCCGCUGUAUGGCAGAGUAUGAGGCUCACCAGCAGCGGCCGAGGAUGGCGUCGUUUCCUGGUCUUCGCUGAGCUGACGAAGAGUAAGAAAGGGGCCAACUACAUUGCUCUCUUCGUCUACUUCCAGUUCAAGAGCGCACUGAUUGUAAUCGUUGCUCAAGGACCACGUAUUGCAAUCAACGCUAUGACUUUGUACGCCGUCAUGCAGGCUCAGCUCCUGCCCGUUGGCGAGCAUGCGUCCGAAGAUCGUUCAGCCUUUGAGCAGUUCUUCCUGAACAUCAAGACCAUGAUCGAGACAGGCAACAGACAGGAGACCAUUGUCUACUUCACUAUGUUGUUUUCACUUGUCAUCUGGGUCAUUGCAGCGCUGGGCAUCAUUAUCUCUUGCAUCUUCUACAUUUUCUUCCUCUGGCACUACAUCCCACGCUCAGACGGCAGCUUGACCAACUAUUGCCGUCGCAAGGUUGAGACGCGUUUGUCUCGUAUAGUUGGCAAAAAGAUGAAGAAGGCGAUCGAAAAGGAAGAUCAGAAGCGCAAGGCAGAGGAGCAGAAGGCGAUGAAGAAGGGUACAUUCAACUCGACGAGCUCGAAGCCCACUCUGCCUAGUCUUGUCGGCAAGGAAGACGACGGCGCAUCCAUCUACGGCAUUCAGCGAUCUGAGACCUUCAGCACCGUCACGUCGCUGCCACCCUACUCUUCAAACCCUCUGUCACGCACUAAUACCGUAGCCACCAACAGUUCAGCUGGUGUUGUAAGGAAGCCUACUUUGCCGACGCUGAACGAGAGACCUGGACCAAGCCGCUCGGACACAGGCUACUCGACUACCAGCUACGGUUCGAAUGCGCCGCUCCUUAAUCAAGCAAGUGAUAUGGGUAUGGUUUCGCCCAUGCCUCCUAUACCUCAUCUGGACCAGAAUGCGUACUUCUACGAAAACCCUCCCCUCGCACCGCCUGCUCAUGCUUUCACACCUGCAUCGCAAGGCAGAGCAUCUCCGCGACCGAUCCUUCCACAAGUAGAUACGAACAACUCUAAUGGGCGCUACUCGCCUCCUCACGAUCUCGCCUCACCUCUUGACGAUACUUACGGAGCACAGCCGACCCAAGCCUACACCGCUUUCUCGCCAUACAACAACCGUGGGCCUGCGACCGGCCCCGCCUACGAACUAUCGCCCGUUGAUAUCACACCCCAGGACAAUGGUCCCCGCCACUACUACUCGAAAUCAAACGGCUCGGACGAGUACCGACCUCCCCAAGUCCCCGGCGUACUUCGCACUGGCUCACCAGCCAUGUCGCAGCCAUCGAGCAUGCCCUUUCGAUCGGGCACUGCUCCCCCUCCACGAGCGGGUACUGCACCUCCACGGCCAGGCGUUCCAGCGAGCCUGCAAUCAGCGAUACAACGACGCGAAGCUUCACAGCCUCUCCCAAACAGGGCUGUGAACGGCUCUACGCCCCCUGUACAGCAGCGCAGUGCUACCGCGCCGAUCCAACAACCUGGAUGGGACACUCCGCCGCAAAGGAGUUAUGCACCGUCGAAUCUGGGCAGCGAGCGAAGCUACACACCAGCAGAGAGGAGCUAUACCCCUGCUGUUAGAAGCCACACGCCUGUCGACCGCAGGUACACUCCUACAAGCACCGGGUACCCACCUUCAAACCAGAGAGGCUACGACAACGAUUACGGCUACUAA